AUGGCAUCGGGCCCGCCUCCUGGAAUGGACAUUACCGAAGAUUUCGGUCCUCAUGUUGUUGCUGCUGUUAUUGCAUUGUUGGUGAUUGCGACAAUUUCGGUAGGGUUACGGUUUGGAACAAGAUUUGCUGCGAAGCAACAACUAAAAUGGGAUGACUUGUUGAUUGUUCUGGCUUUGGCCUUUGCAUUCGGAACCGGAAUCCUGAGUAUCCUUGCCUGUCACUACGGCAUAGGCAAGCACAUUUAUAAUCCAGCCGUCAAUAUCGAAAAAGUGCUCAAGGUCCUAUGGGCAUACGAAUUCCUCUAUGGCGCUGUUAUCCCUUCGACCAAAAUGUCCAUUAUCAUGUUCUACCACCGCAUUUUCCCCGUCAAGAGCGUCACCAUUACUCUUUCGAUUUGCGCGUUCCUCGUAAUUGGCUGGUGGAUCGCCAUUUGGGUGACGGCGAUUGUGCAAUGCAUCCCGCACAGCUAUUUCUGGGAACAGUACCUCAACCCCAUGGCCAAGGGCCGCUGCAUAAACACCUAUGCGUUUUUCCUCGCGAACGGCGGACUCAGCGUUGUUACGGAUUUCAUUAUCCUUACCGUGCCCCUGCCGAUGGUGUGGAAGCUCCAGAUGCCAACGGCGCAGAAGCUCGCUGUCACGGGUAUUUUCCUUCUCGGUGGAUUUGUCUGCAUAGCUGGCAUCGUCCGCCUGCACUUCCUCUCACAAAUGUACGUCACGCCGGACUUUACAUGGAACAUGGCACAGUCCUUCAUCUGGUCCUGCGUCGAGCCCUGCAUUGGCAUCGUCUGCGCCUGUCUCCCUACUUUGCGGCCUCUACUCCGUACUCUAUUCCCUCGCCUCUUCAGCCGCGCGUCCGGUGGCAAAGGCUCGUCCGGCGAUACUGGCGGCACAGGCGGCACUGGAAAAUCCAACGGCGCGACUUCUGGCGAUCGGGACAAUUUUGUUCGUCUGCCCGGCAGCGGUGGAAACCGCAGGAGCCGCACCAAGAGUCUCAACCUUGCUGGCAUGAGUACAACUACCGACGAAUAUGACGAGCGAGACGACGACGUCGACAACGAUGGUCUGGGAGCUGCUACAACAACACGCAUCUAUGCCGGGUCUGACUCGCACUCGAUGUCCCAAGGAGUCGAAGACAACGAGAAUAAGAUUCCCAUGCACACCAUCUCGACAAAGCGCGAUUCGAUUUACCGAUAG